GUAGCGGAGAAGUGACGUGUGUUAGCGGCUCGUCUGGUGACGUGUCUCUGCUGCUCUCUCUUUCCCGACGGAGCGGCUGGAUGGAGCCACACUGACCCACUCAGCUCUCCAACUGCUCCCAGUAACAAGCCAGGCACAGGACCAAGGACACCAUGGGGAUUAAAUUUUUGGAGGUCAUCAAGCCCUUCUGUGCGGUCCUGCCAGAAAUUCAGAAACCAGAAAGAAAGAUUCAGUUUAGAGAAAAAGUACUAUGGACCGCUAUCACACUAUUCAUCUUUCUGGUGUGCUGCCAGAUUCCACUGUUUGGCAUCAUGUCAUCAGACUCGGCAGAUCCUUUCUACUGGAUGAGAGUAAUCCUGGCUUCCAACAGAGGUACUCUGAUGGAGCUGGGUAUCUCACCCAUUGUCACAUCGGGCCUAAUCAUGCAACUCCUGGCUGGUGCCAAGAUCAUUGAAGUUGGUGACACUCCCAAGGACAGAGCCCUCUUUAAUGGAGCUCAGAAAUUGUUUGGAAUGAUCAUCACCAUUGGACAGGCCAUUGUGUACGUUAUGACUGGCAUGUAUGGAGACCCCUCAGAGAUGGGUGCUGGGAUAUGCUUAGUCAUCAUCAUCCAGCUCUUCGUUGCAGGUCUGAUUGUCUUGCUGCUGGACGAGCUUCUCCAGAAGGGCUAUGGUCUGGGCUCAGGUAUCUCUCUCUUCAUUGCCACCAACAUCUGUGAGACGAUCGUGUGGAAGGCCUUCAGUCCCACCACCGUCAACACUGGCAGAGGCACUGAGUUUGAGGGAGCCAUUAUUGCUCUCUUCCAUCUACUGGCCACUCGCACGGACAAGGUCCGUGCUCUUAGAGAAGGCUUCUACAGACAAAACCUGCCCAACCUCAUGAACCUCAUCGCCACUGUCUUUGUGUUUGCAGUGGUCAUAUACUUCCAGGGCUUCAGAGUGGACCUGCCCAUCAAGUCUGCACGCUACCGUGGCCAAUAUAACACCUACCCGAUCAAACUGUUCUACACCUCCAACAUCCCCAUUAUCCUGCAGUCUGCGCUGGUCUCUAAUCUCUACGUAAUUUCUCAGAUGCUCUCAACGCGUUUCAGCGGCAACUUCCUGGUCAACCUCCUGGGAACCUGGUCUGACGCCACGAGUGGAGGACCAGCUCGGGCCUACCCAGUGGCUGGGCUCUGUUACUACCUUUCUCCUCCGGAGUCAUUUGGUUCUGUUUUGGACGACCCAGUUCAUGCUGUCAUCUACAUCAUCUUCAUGCUCGGCUCCUGCGCUUUCUUCUCCAAGACCUGGAUUGAGGUCUCAGGAUCCUCUGCCAAAGAUGUGGCAAAGCAGCUGAAGGAGCAACAGAUGGUGAUGAGAGGACACAGAGAGACCUCUAUGGUGCAUGAGCUUAACAGGUACAUCCCCACAGCUGCUGCCUUUGGUGGUCUGUGUAUAGGUGGGCUGUCUGUCAUGGCAGAUUUCCUGGGUGCGAUCGGUUCAGGUACAGGAAUCCUCUUGGCUGUGACCAUCAUCUACCAGUACUUUGAGAUCUUUGUGAAGGAGCAGAGUGAAGUGGGCAGCAUGGGCGCACUGCUCUUCUAGAAAAUACCAACCUUGUGACACACACCAGACACAAAGCAUCCACCCCCUCUCAUCAUUAUUUUUUAUUAUGCAUUGUUUUGCAAUUGGCACAAUCAGUCAAUUUUGCAGCUGGGAUAGGUAAUAUUUUUCUGCCACCUUUGUUUCCCCACCAGACUUCUUGAUAACUGUGUGGGCUACUCCCAGUGUUGAGCAUUGUGUUGUGUCUCUUCAAUCCUUUAUAUUCCAAGAGCUAUCACCCACCUCUCUGCAGGCUGCCUAAAUCCCCACUGACUGUCUUAUCAGCGGAAUAAUGCCUGAAAGCACACAGGUGUGAGGUGCGGUCUCUGACUACCUCAGGCAUCUGCAGCAUGUUCAGUCAACACUCAGACAACGACAACAUGCUAGUGCUAAUUUCAAGCUGAAAGCACCGUGCCUGGACGUUUCAGAGGGGAGCUGAAAGAAAGCCAUGCCAUUUUCAUCACAUAGCAAUCAAGCUUGAGGUUUCUAGGGCCCUUAGUAUAAAUAAAGUAUGUACUCCUCAUAAGGUUUCUGCUAAUCUCAGACAAACUUUUGCUGGUUGUCAUUUCUCUUUAUUUUGAUAUUUCAAAUUUUGGACUGUGUUCAUAUUCACUCUGGUCUUAUGUGGGGCACAGUGUUUGUCCUGUGUCUGGGUCCUCAAAGAGAAGAGUUUUGUCUGUGUCGUCAUGCUCUUUUAUUCCCAGACUGAGUCGCUGCACAAUACUGCCGAGAUGGUCGGGAUGAGGGUGGGUUUGAUAGGGACUGAAAAAGGGGUUUCGUUUUGGUUUUUACUUUAUGUAACAGACAUAAUUGAGUUAUUAAAAAAACUGGAUUUUGUUUUUCCAUA